GUCAGCUCGUUUUAGGAGGGAGGGGUGUUGGUCAUCAACUUUGGGUGAUGCUUGCUGCCAGGCCGAGUUCACGUGUGUGAGCGUUUUACUGAGUCUGACUGUGUGUGUUUUCCCCCUCGACCUGAUCGCAUUAAGGAAAGCAUCUUGCGCCUUCUUUUCCUGAACUUGUUGCACUAUUUAUUAACAAGAGGAUUCAGCCAGAUCACAAUAAUAACGACAGAUGGGAAAAGAAGGAUGAUUGACAGGAAGCAAAGCUGAGACGGCUGCCAAUCUAAAACACCAGGCCACAGAAGACGACUCAUCCGCAUAUCAGUCGUCUCGCUUUCUCUUUAUCUUUUGUGCUUUCACGGCCUCCGGUUUUCCCAGCAGACCUGCAUAAAGAACAGAAAAAAGCUGGCAUGGUUCCUCACCUCUACUGCCCUCAGCCUGGUAAAACUUGGAUUAUUUCAUAAACUCAGUCUAUACACAGUUUCUCUCUGUAGCUUUACCUGUCCCUACUUCCCUACGUCGUUUCAAGACCAAGCAACCAUGCGUGUGUGGUUGAUGAUGACUCUCCAGGCAGCAUGGCCAUGUUUUUUUGGCCUGGCCAUGAACCACUACCCCACCACGUGGGGCCAUUAUGACAUGUGUAAGUCACAGGUUUACACAGAUGAAGGACCCACCUGGGAUUACAUGGCGUGCCAGCCCGAGACUGUCGACAUGACCAAGUUCCUGAAGGUUAGCCUGGACCCACCAGAUAUUACCUGUGGAGACCCACCGGAGACCUACUGUGCCCUGGAAAACCCAUACAUGUGCAACAAUGAGUGUGACGCAACCGCAGAGGAACUUGCCCACCCUCCAGAACUUAUGUUUGACUUUGAGGGUCGCAACCCCACUACCUUCUGGCAGUCCAGUUCUUGGAGAAAGUACCCUAAACCCUUGGUUGUAAACAUCACUUUAUCUUGGAACAAGACCAUCGAGCUGACGGAGGACAUUGUAAUCACAUUCGAGUCCGGCCGUCCUGAGCAGAUGGUCCUGGAAAAAUCACUGGAUUAUGGAAAAACAUGGCAGCCGUACCAGUUCUAUGCCACAGACUGCUUGCAUGCCUUUGCCAUGGAUCCCAAGACAGUGCGGGACCUGUCCCAGUUCACACUGCUGGACAUUAUUUGCACGGAGGAUUACUCCAGAGGCUACGUCUGGAAGUAUGACAAGACUGUGCGCUUUGAGAUCAAAGACCGCUUUGCACUGUUUGCCGGACCACAGCUUCACAACAUGGCCUCUUUGUAUGGCCAACUGGACACCACCAAGAACCUGCGGGACUUCUUUACCAUCACAGACCUGCGUAUCCGACUUCUCCGGCCUGCCACCGGCGCUACCAUGGUGGAUGAGAGGAACUUGUCAAGAUACUUCUAUGCUAUCUCUGACAUCAAGGUUCAUGGCAGGUGUAAAUGUAAUCUUCAUGCAAACAGUUGUGUGUUUGAAAAGGAGAAGCUUGUUUGUGAAUGUGAACACAACACUACAGGGCCAGACUGUGGUCGCUGUAAGAGAAACUAUCAGGGUCGAGCAUGGAGCCCUGGGUCCUACCUGCCCAUCCCUAAAGGCACGGCCAACAUCUGUGUGCCGAACAAUGUUGGCCCAGUCAUCCGGCAGAAUGUUUCAUCCCUAGGUGUUGCUAACCGAAAUCAAGCUCAAGUGUGUGAUAACGAGAUGCUGCUCUGUCAGAACGGCGGUGUUUGUGUGAAUAACGUACGAUGUCAGUGUGCACCAGGAUUUUCCGGCCUGCUGUGUGAGAAACAUCGCUGUGAUACGGAAUCCGGCUGUGAUUCAUCUGAUUCAUCUUCAGUGUCCAUCUCGCCCUCCACUGUCCUCCUGCUGCUGCUCCUGCUAUCUCCGGCCUGGGCUUUAACUCCCUAAUACACACACACACACACACACACAGCUUUUAGUGUACAAGCAAUCCUCACACAAACAUACAUACAUACAUGCAUACAUACACCAGGCCAGACCCCAAAUCAAAGUGAAAACCUGACAGACGAAAACUAAAAAGAAUCUAAAUAUGUAUGAAAAUUUACAAAUAUAUUACAAAUCUUUAAAAAAAGAGUUACAAGAUUUUACUUAAAGAAUUUAUUCAAGCAUUGCUUCAAAAAAAGGGUGUCAGCGUGAACACAAACACGGUGGACUAAGCCAUAGCAGAAACUCAACCUCGCCCUGCCAAGAGCAAAUUGGAAGUGGAUCUUCCUCUUUAUCGCCACGGUUACUUGGAAUGGAUACGCUGACUGCCUGCAAUUCUUUUGGACUGCCUUUUGGCUUUUUCUCACGCAGCGAAUGUCACAUUGACUGUUUAUGAAUAAAAUACAAAUAAAAUACAAUAAAAUAGAAAAAGAAUGAAGAAGAAUCAGUUCUUUGCUGUCAGCGCAUUGUGGAUUAAAGGGAAUCCGUUCAAACUUCAAAAGAAGGAAAAUCCUUCAUUCAGAUUCAAUAGAAAAGGUAUAAAUCAGUGGUUCAUUUUUAGUUUUCUGUUCUUUUUUCGUUUCUUUACUCCAAUUGGUCAAAAUUUCAUUGAUGUUAAUGCUGUGCAGCACUUGUGAAUAAGCCCUCCAGUCUCCAUAAUAUAAAGAAAUAUCUAGACCCAAAACAACACGCUUAGCAAUCAUCUGCAUAUUUAAUUUUUCUAUUUACAAAGAUUUAUUUUCUUUACAAAGCAGAUUUAUUGUAGUAUGAAAUUUUUUGUAUUAUUAUUAAUACUGUUAUCACUGACAAAAUGUGUACAAAUGUGAUGUGUUGCAUCUGUAAAAGGAAGGCGAAUUAAAGCUGUAUUGAGAUUUUAUAGUUUGGGGACCAAGCACCAGAGCCUUGAUCGUAAUAGAAGAAUACCCUUCUAUUACAAAUCACUCCUGCCAAUCUACAAAUUAUACUGUCACCUAACAACAUCAUAGUCUAUGGAGACUCCUGACUAAACUCCUGACUAAACAGGGCCCAGAGGUUUAAUUGAAAGGACUUGACGGAUCAGCUCUGGGAAUGGGAAGUACAUAACCAAAACAUAACCAAAUCGCUGCUUAAAUAUAUAUUAAACAAACAAAUAAAUAAAUAUCUAUUUAUAACACACACACUAACACACACAUACAGUAAACAUGUGUGUGUGUAAUUGCCAUUCUUGUUGCUUGGUCCCCUAUGUGGCAGCAAUAUCUAUUUCUUCUUGUUUUUAGUCAUGCAGUUUCCUAAGUAUUGGCAACGUGCUGGCAUCAAAGAAUCUUGGUUUACAUAAUGCUGAAGUGUAACGAAAACCACCAAAGGACAUUCUCAAUGUUUUCUCGUUGCUUUAAACACUGAAAAAUUUAAGUGAAUAAAAAUUUAAAAGGCC